CUGACUCGAGUCCCCGGCGCUCUCGUCGUUGCCGCUGGGAUCCGCCGCCCCGCGCCAUGGACACCGCCGCGGGCAGCGAGCACCGCAGCCCCCCGGGCCCCGCCGUCCCGCCGCGGCCCCGGCGCCACGCGCCCUCGGCCGCUGCCCCCGGCCCGCUGAGCUCCCCCGCGCGCGAGCCGCCGCAGCCCGAGGAGGGGCAACAGCUGCGGAUGAGCCAGAGCGGCCAGUUCAGCGAUGGGCUGGAGGACCGAGGCUUACUAGAAAGCAGCACUCGACUAAAACCUCACGAAGCCCAGAACUACAGAAAGAAGGCGUUGUGGGUCUCCUGGUUCUCCAUCAUUGUGACACUGGCCCUGGCGGUGGCUGCCUUUACUGUCUCCGUUAUGAGGUACAGCGCCUCUGCUUUUGGGUUUGCAUUUGAUGCCAUCCUUGAUGUCCUGUCAUCGGCGAUUGUCCUGUGGCGUUACAGCAAUGCGGCCGCUGUACACUCUGCCCAUAGGGAAUACCUAGCCUGUGUCAUCCUGGGGGUGAUAUUCCUCCUGUCAUCCUUAUGUAUAGUGGUCAAAGCCAUCCACGACCUCUCGACUAAGCUGCUCCCGGAAGUGGAUGAUUUCCUGUUCAGCGUCUCCAUUCUAAGUGGGAUCCUUUGCAGCAUCCUGGCCGUGUUGAAGUUCAUGCUGGGGAAGGUUCUGACCAGCAGGGCACUCAUCACAGAUGGGUUUAACUCCCUCGUGGGAGGCGUGAUGGGCUUCUCUAUCCUUCUGAGCGCGGAGGUGUUCAAGCAUAACUCGGCGGUCUGGUACCUGGACGGCAGCACAGGUGUGCUGAUCGGCCUUAUCAUAUUCGCCUAUGGGGUCAAACUCCUCAUCGACAUGGUGCCCAGGGUGAGGCAGACGCGCCACUACGAGAUGUUUGAGUGAAGGGCCGGCCAGUUCCACGAGGACCCCAGGGAGGCCUCCCCACGGGCCGCCGGCGCCAGUGUCUCAGCGACACGCACUGUCUUAGUGGGAAAGCCCGUGUCCAUGGGGACAGGUCUGCCCAGCAGGUCGGUCCGCACUGCUCCCCGGCUCCACUGCCCCCGUCACCCCGAUACGGCCACGUGCACCGGAGGGGCUGGUCUCCCCACUGCCGCGGGAGCUGACCUCUCCUUCCUGGAGGAAGGGGGUUCUUGUGGGCAGGUAAGAUCUCUGCUCGGCAGACCGCCUCCCGCCCAGCACCUGCCGGAACCAGCUCCUCUGGGCUCUGCCGGGCUCCCGCCUCGCAGUCCAGUCUCCGGGCAGAACGGGAGACCGUGCGUCCCUUUGUCCCUCCCCGCCCACGCCCAGACCAUCAGUAUAUCGCACUUCCUAAUUUCUAUCAACGUACUUCAUUAGUUUCAUACUGUUUUACUAACCCCCAAUCUACACGGAUGCGUUCAAAAGGAGACCAUUCUAUUUUUAAAGUCCUUAGUGAUACAUGUAUGAGCUUUGCAUGGACAAACUAAGCACAUGACCCUUUCUUGUACAUUCAGAACCUGAACAUACAGGUAAAAACAGGAUCCAUUUUUGACAGAUGUGAAACUACCAUUUA